AUGGUCACUGCAGGAACCCCCCUCGCUGAGGCGCUGGGUCAUGUCAUUCCGCCGAAGCUGGUCGAGAUGGGUUGGAGCUCCGAUGGCGGCGACGACUCAGCCUUGACCGAUUAUGUGAUCUUGAUGCUGGCGAAUGGCAAGACUCAGGAACAGAUCGCUGGCGAACUUUCAAAUGAUCUUCUCGGCGGUCUCGGUGAAGGCGACACACAGGCCCUCGAUUUCUCGAGAUGGCUUUUCGAACAAGUCGAAAUCCUCAACCAGCAGAUCAAUGGCGGGGGUGCCCCAGCACCCACCGAGCCUUCAUCCGCACAAGCGAUUCCGUCGUUUGGUGGUCAAGAAUCUGCUCCUACACAAAUGUCCGGCUUUGAUGGCAGCGCGCAGGAUGCCGAUAUGAGCAUGGGUGAUGCAGCCCAGGGCGACUCGAUGUGGGCUAUGCGCAAUGGUCGUGGUGGUGGACGUGGUAGAAUGCUCAAUCAAAUAAAUCGCUCGAUGGAUCGUGGGGACUCGGCUCUACAUCGAGUCCGCGGUCAAGCUGGCGGUGGACGGGUCAACUCCCACGGGCGCGAGCACGGAAAGGGCCGUUUCAAUCAGAAUGGAGGCGGCAGAAUGCCCGGUGGCCGUCAGAUGGGUGGAAUGAAUAUGGGCGGCAUGAUGAACAUGACUCAGUCGGAUCAGAUGCACCUCAUGUCUCUGCUCGAGGAGCAAGCUCGUAUGAUGGCGCAGAUUAUGCCUGGUUUUGUCCCUCCGGCAAUCAACCCGGCCUUCCAGCAAAAUGGCUCUCAACAGGGCCGCUCCUUGUUUGAUCGAGUCGAACGCCAGCAUGGCCAUCGGCACCGCGGCCAGCGUCACAACAACAAUCACGAACAGUCUGGAGACGUUGACAUGGAUACGAAACCUGACCAGGCUGGUCAGGAAGGAGGUCAGGAUGAAAGCAAUACCAACAAUGUCUGUCGAUUCAACCUCCGGUGCACCAGGAAGGACUGCCCGUUUGCACACCAGUCGCCCGCCGCCCCUGAAGGUUCCCCGGUCGAUGUUUCAGAUAUUUGCACCUACGGGGCUGCUUGUAAGAACCGCAAGUGUACUGGUCGCCAUCCCUCGCCUGCCGUCAAGUCGGCACAUCAGGCGGAGGAGCUCUGCAGAUUCUUCCCCAACUGCGCCAACCCUCAUUGUCACUUCAAGCACCCCAGCAUGCCUCUCUGCCGGAAUGGAGCCGAUUGCUCCCAGGAAGGCUGCAAGUUCACUCAUAUUCAAACUCCCUGCAAGUUCACACCUUGUCUCAACCCGAGCUGCCCUUACAAGCAUGCCGAGGGCCAAAAGGGUGCCUUCUCCGACAAGGUGUGGACGCCUGGAUCGAAAGAGCAUGUGAGUGAACGGAAGUUUGUUGCAGAGGAGGAGGGGACAGAAGAGUUGAUCAAGCCUGAUACGACUGGGGAAGGUUCUCAGAGUCAGGAGAUCGCGACAUAG